AAAGAAGCCGCCGCAGGCGAGGCAGGCGCAGCCGAAGGAGGAGCAGAAGGCGGCGCUGCCGGCGGCGACGAGGAAGCAAAGGAUCCCAACGAGAAGGAGAUCGAAGGGCAGUUCAUCGUUCCUGUACGAUUAGGCGGCGCGAAUGUCAAGCAAGAUGUUCUCUUCCCUCCAGCAAAAAAUGGACGCUUCGAGGUCGAAUUCCAAAACGCAGUCGGCCGAACCCUCACUGUAACGGAAAACAGGUCUCCUGCGCCGCCUCCCGCAGGGUUCACCGCCAUCGAGGCGGUGUCGUACAAGGUUAGCCUCGCGGAAGGCGCACAGGGCGUGACUCUCUCAAAGAUUGACUACAUUCUCAACCCAGGAAAUACCCUCGACAUCAGCAAGGGACAAGUGGGCCGCCUCUUCCCGGAACUCAACGCCUUCAUCAUCGAUCCGGCUCUCGGUGAACUCGAAUUUGAAGCCGAGGAGAAUGAGUUGACCUUGAAGGUUGCCAACAUGAACGGGGAGUUCGCAUUCUUCCUCCCGCAGACUGAGGCUGCGGCCGGUGCGGCUGCGUAG